UAGAAGUAAUAGAGAAGCUAAACCCAGAUCUUCUUGGCAGUUUGCUCUUGUUUCACUGCUUGUUAGUCUGCUGUCCCCCUGCUACUACUCAGGUUGAAACUGAUACUAAACAUCUUGCCCUCCCCUUGAAAUAUCAUUUUCCUAGGAAUAAAACUAAGGAUGUGGAAGCUUUGCCCUGGGAUGGAAAGAGAUUGCUGCCUUUACAGAGGAGCUCUAAAGCCAUUCUGAAACAGCGAGUGCCCCAAAGUGUGUCGCAAUGAUGAAAACAUCGGCAGGCGACGAGGGAGUCAGGGAAGAUUCAGGUCCUGUCACAGAUACUGGCGAAGAUAACGACGAGACACAGCUAGGUCCACCUGUCGCUCUGAGGAACUGCUUUCCCCUGCCAGGCAUCAGCAUACUUGAUAAGCUCAUCAAAACAUGCCCGAUUUGGCUUCAACUGAGCAUGAAUGAGGAGAGGGCCAGAGAAAUACUAAGCAAAGAAAUGGCUGGGAUAUUUUUAGUUAGGAAAGAUGGUAACAUGAACAAUAUGGUCCUGUCAUUCUGCUACCCAUCCCAGAAUGAAGCUCCUGAUAUGCUAGAGUACAACAUCAAGGAAGAAAAAUCAAUCUUGUACCUGGAGGGAUCCGUCCUAGUGUUUGAGGAUGUCUUCAAACUGGUAGCAUUCUACUGCGUCAGUAGGGAUUUGUUGCCCUUCACACUGAAGCUGCCACAAGCAAUAUUAGAGGCCAGUAGUUUCCAAGAUCUUGAAAUUAUUUCUAGCCUGGGGAUAGGCUUCUGGGACUCCUCUUUAAACCACAGAAGAAGGAGAGGGGGAAUUUCCCAGGCUGUGAAAGACUCUGCCUUCAGCACCACCCAGACAGACAAUAUAAGAUCUAGCCAGCAUUUUGCAAGCGACACAAACCAAUGCUCAUGUGAAAUUGAGCUGUCAAUAGGAAAUGACAGGCUGUGGUUUGUGAAUCCUAUUUUUAUAGAAGAGUGCAGUAAUCGUUUUCCUCCAGAUGUACCUCCUCCCAAAAGCUGCAGUGUGAGUUCUGAGCUCUCUCAUGCCAUCACCACCACGCUGAGUCUCAAGAAGUCUCCUCGCCGUCCCCCACCGCCGCCUCCUCAUGGCCAGGUCCUGAAGUCAUCUAAAAAGCUAUCGAAGGUUUCCAUGACUGCUUGUGAAGACAACCAGCUGCUUCUUCAGCCUCCAGGAAAGAGCCCAACAGAAAUGAAAACAGAGGGCAAUGAAAGUAUGGAAGAAGAAGGGAAAGAGCCCUGCUCAUCCAGUGACCUCCCUCCAGCAGUCCCUAAGAAAUGUGAUCAGCCCUCUGUCCCUCCCAGGAGGCGAUUAUCUGAAAGACUUUCACAAGACCCCUGUGUAGAUAAGUCUGCAAAAUGCGAAACACCUCAAAGGGAACCAAUGGAGGAACAAUAUGCUUCUGUUGAGAGCAACGAUAGCCAGUCUGUAUGCCUAACAGCCAUAGAAGAGCCUGAAGGUGUUGCUGAAACACAGGGCGAGGCAGCAAAGCCUACAGAGAAGGAGUGCAUGCCCCAGCCGCUGAGGAACUCCACAGCCAAAGGGAAGAUGCCCCCUAUCCCACCACCAAGAAAGAAGAGGCUUUCCCAGCAAGCCUCCAUCUCUAUCUCCUAUAACACAAAGUCAGUCAACAUUUCAGCACCAGAUACAAGCACUGCAGAGACUUCAUCCAAAGACGGCUUGCAGCCAGCAGGUGAUGUCGCCUGCUCCGACGCUCAGGAUGCACUAGGGGCCUGCUGUAAAUCGUCUGGGUCGUUUGAACUUAAAGGUUCUCUUUCCUCCUUGGACUGUCCAGGGAGCAGUGCAGCAGCUCAUACCUCUGCUUCUGAGCCUGAUUCUUACUCCACCAGCAGCACUGAGGAUGAUUUCGAGCAACUGAGUAGUCCCUCUGUUAAAAAGACACGGUCCGUGAUUCUGGAUAAGGCCAAGCACAGGCUGUCCUUUGUGAGCUUAACAAAUGUCUUCACAGUCUUCCUCUCUGCUAACAGAAAGCUGCAGAAGAAGAUUGUGGAGCUAUCUCAGGACAAGGACUCUUACUUUGGCAAUUUGGUGCAGGACUACAGAGUGUACAGUCUGGAGAUGAUGGCAAAACAGAGCUCCAGCACGGAGAUGCUGCAGGAAAUCCGUCUGAUGAUGACACAGCUGAAAAGCUAUUUAGUGCAAAGUACAGAGCUGAAAGCUCUCCUCGAUCCUUCUGUUUAUUCAGAAGAACAGAUAGAAGUGAUUGUUGAGUCAGCUUUGUACAAAUGUGUCCUGAAACCUUUAAAAGAUGCCAUCGAUUCAUACCUAAGGGAAAUCCAUACCAAAGAUGGAGUCUUUCAGCUGCUGAAGGAGAACCAGCUUGUCAUACAAAGCACAACCACCACUGACCUAGGUAUCACCACUAGCGUGCCUGAAACAGCUGUGCUGGAAAAAAUAAUUCACAAGUUUACAACUAUGCACAAGGCCUAUUCCCCAGAGAAGAAGAUUGCUAUCCUGCUGAAAUCCUGCAAACUCAUUUAUGACUCCAUGGCUCAGGGAAACCCAGGGAAGCCUUAUGGUGCAGAUGACUUCCUGCCAGUGCUAAUGUAUGUUCUGGCUCGCAGCAACCUUACUGAAGUGCUUCUGAAUGUGGAGUAUGUGAUGGAGCUCAUGGACCCAGCCCUGCAGCUGGGGGAAGGUUCCUAUUAUUUAACCACCACCUAUGGAGCCCUGGAACACAUCAAGAACUAUGAUAAGAUAACAGUGACUCGACAGCUCAGUGUGGAAGUGCAGGACUCCAUUCACCGCUGGGAGAGGCGAAGAACACUCAACAAGGCCCGGGCAUCCAGAUCAUCUGUGCAGGAUUUCAUCUCCAUCUCUUUUAUGGAGCCCGAGUCCCAGACAAGGACAUUGGCCUCGCGGAAUGACACGACGACGCUGCAGCUAGGCCAGCAAUGUGCUGAGAAGUUUGAGGUAUCAGAUCCCCAGGACUAUGGGCUCUUUGUUGAGGUGGACAACAGAUGCCUGCAGCUCGCUGACGAUGCCUUCCCUCAUCACAUAAAAUCCUACUUGCUGAAAUUUGAACCCAAGAAAGAUUUCCACUUUAUUUAUAAAGCAAAAGCCAGUGAAGAAACCCAGGUUCUAGUCAUCAAAGAGCCAGACUUUUUAUAGUGGGAGAACUCUUGUACUGUGUGUGGAGGUAUCUCUGAAGAACUGAGACAGGUUAUCUCAUGAGAGCUUCUGUCACUAACAUCAGAGGCUACUGGGGGCUCAGCCUUUUAGCAGGGGAGGGCAGGAUGGCAGGAUGCUAAGUGUAGAUGCUGUCUGAUUCCAGGGCAUUUCUCAGGAGAAUUCAGCUGCAGAAGUAAAUGCAGCUUUCAUGGGAAUCUUCAUACUUAAACUUGAAGUGUUAAACCUCAAAACCUCUGUAUGCCAAUAGAUAAACUCUGCAUAUCAUAAGUAGCCAAUGGAGCUUUAUGCCAGUUGCUCCUGAGUUUCUACAGUAGGGUGAACAAUUGUCCCAUAGCGACCUCCAUGCAGAGUGCCUGUACAAGGCUUGUGCAUACAUUAAGCCCUAUUUUUAGGGCUUAACUGGUGCCUGUGCCCAGUGCUGGCUCAUUGGACGAGGCUGAAUUGAAUAAAUUCUGAGCCAUGGCUGAUAUAUUCAGUGGCAUAGGAUUGUGCUAUGCAGCAAAACUCCAUACAUACCUUGGCAUCUCACACAUGUGAAAUAUAGGCAACAAAAGAACAUGCACGCUAAUACUGUACAUGCACUUGUAAACCCUUCUAUACAGUACUUUCACUGAAAAAAUGGAAUUUAUGCAUUUCCACUGGUGCAUAUUUGCAGAUUGAAUAAUGUCUCUCUCCUAUUAGAUGUACAGUAGUUUUAAUUACACCUGUUGUAUGAUAAUGUCCAGCUAAAUGUAUUUAUUUCCACUUAUGAUAUGUUAUAAUCACUGCAAAAUAACAUUUUAGUUGUGGAGAACUUUAUAGCAUAAAAAGGUUCAAGUGAAAAGCAAGGCCCAACACAGGAGGCUCUGUUUUAUAUCAAAUGGAUCUGUGAAGGGGCUUAAGUUCAAAGAAGUUAAAAAAAAUACCUUUCUCUUUUUACCCAGUAUUGGAUGCUUCUCUUCCAUGAUCUAAUCAUAUCAUCAGGCCAUGCUGUAUUAUAACAUGAGUAAAUCCAUACUGUUACAAACUGA